CACUCUUCAGUGGCAGAUCGACAGUCGGUUCGAACGGUUCUUCAAAUCUUAUGACGGAGGCUCGCUAAAAACCGUUUUGUUUCGUUGGUCCCGUCGCGGGUGAAACCCGUUAGUGGAAAAGAGACAACCGAGACCGAGCGAAGAACAGUGACGGCUCGCGUGAAGAAAGUUUCGAACAGGAAAGGGACGGAAACGCGACGGAUGAUGAGUCGGAGUCACCAAAAGUUGUAAAAGCCGUGAGAGAGCAAGUCAGAGCUAGGAGAAAAACAGCAGCAGUCAGUGAGCAGUUUGCCAAGAGUUGUGUGCGGAAAAAGAAGCUGUAAAUUUUCGGGCGAGGAUAAAUUUUGACGGAUUUUCGGUUGAAGGUGGUCGAAUUAAAACGCGACGGAUUAGUGCGAAAGUGGUUCGGGUGUGUCGUCGGGAGGAUUUUAUCGAAUUUGGCCCCUGAGGGCAGCGAAAGCCGCAGGAAAAGCUGAUUGGUGAGAGUGAAAAAGUGGGUGUUUUCUUUGGCGUUUUUUCCUCCGUGGAUAAAACACUGCUGAUUGGGUGACAAGCGACUAACCCAUCUUUUGGAGUGACCGAAAAAUUUCGCUUGUGGAUCAGAGUGAUGAAUCACUUUCCGAAAAUGUUUGUGAAUCUUGUGAAGAAACAAAGUUUGAUGUGCGGAAUUGGUGGUGACAAAGUUUAGGGUGGAGGAGCAGUGAAGAAUUCAAGAAGAAGCGCCAGCGCUUCCCUAGAUUCCGGAGUGCGACGAGUGGCGAAUCUGCUUUGCAAACCCCUUGGAAUUUUUUUUGUCAUCCUUCCGAGCGCAGCUGUCAUCAUCAGCGUUUGACAGAGAAGAGACGCAAAAUGACAACAAGCUUCCCCGCAGGAGAGUGAGGAGGGAAGCAGUUUAGAGUGUUAUCGGAUUUUGCCAGCCUCAGUUCCCGCGGAGUGACCUCGGAAUGGAAUGCGAAUUGUUGUUGGAUAUCGUCUGGAAGCAGUGGAGCCGUUUGUGAUUGUGUGUGUUUUCCGAUUCCAAACAGGGUCCCCCCAGUUCGGGUUCCGUUUGCGUGAGUGAAUAUUUUUAGAGACCCGGUUGGUGCCCAGCUCUGGAACAACAGCCUACCCGGUGGUGGCGUUAAAGCGCGCAAAGUGGAAAUUUCUGUGUUGUGUUUAACCAGCUAGCAGCAGCGUGUGAAGCUAUCUAAUUAUACGACGAGUGAAAAAUCGAAUUACUGCCCGGUCGGGCAGGGAGCAGCAUUGCAGAAGCGAAGAGUGAAAAGAAUCGACCCAACUGUGGUGAGUGUUUGUGGAAGGGCUCCGGCGAAAAGAAGCGAGGGGAAAAAGUCGGCUGGAACCACCUGUCGUUCUUGCCGUUCGUCCGUCCGUCCAUCCGCUGCCAUCAUUGGGAUAGGAUAAAUUAUUACAAUUUUUGAGACCAGCUGGUGCAAACAAAAUGCCUGGAUUAAUCGGAGUGAGCGAGUUCCUCGAGGAGACUCGGGAGGACUACAACUCGCCGACGACGUCAACGUUCGUGUCCAGGAUGGUCCAGUGCCGGCAGACGAUUGCCGCUUUGGAAGAGACACUUGACUUCGAUCGCGAAGGGCUGACUAAGCUGAAGAAGGCCGUUAAAGCAAUACACAAUUCAGGAAACACUCACGUGGACAACGAAAUGUGUCUGGUGCGGGCCCUGGAACGGCUCGGCUCAGUGGCCCUCUCAAAGGAAGAGCCCGACAUCGGUGCAGCGUUCCUCAAAUUUUCCGUCGUCACCAAAGAGCUCAGCGCCCUGAUGAAAACGCUGAUGCAAAACAUCAACAACAUCGUCAUGUUCCCGGUGGAUUCGCUGCUGAAGAGCGAACUGCGCGGAAUGAAGGGCGAGAUGAAGAGGCCAUUCGACAAAGCAGCCAAAGAUUACGAUUCCAAGUUCAUGAAAAUCGAGAAGGAGAAGAAAGCCCUGGCCAAGGACGCCGGCAUGAUGCGAACCGAGGUGACCCCGGCAGAAAUUGCCGAGGAAAUCGAAAAGGAGCGGCGGGUAUUUCAGCUGCAGAUGUGCGAGUAUCUGAUAAAGUUCAACGAGAUAAAGACAAAGAAAGGUAUCGAGCUGUUGCAGCACUUGGUCGAAUACUAUCACGCUCAAAACAACUAUUUCAAAGACGGGCUCAAGACAAUCGCACACUUUGGAACGUACAUAGAGGAACUGAGCGUCAAACUUCAGACAAUCCGUCACAAACAGGACGAAGAACGACGGAAGUUGCUAGAAUUGCGGACUCUGCUGCGAUCGUCGCCCGAUUUCGAACGCGUGGAGAAUGUUCCCAGUGACAAAGGUGCCGUAGGAUACUCGCUUCAUCAGCUGCAGGGCGACAAGAACCAUGGAGUCACACGAUCCGGCCACCUACUGAAGAAGAGUGAAGGCAAAGUGCGGAGGGUGUGGCAGAAACGACGGUGUCGGGUGACAGCCGACGGUUUCCUGGACAUCUGCCACGCGGACGAAACGAAAGCUCCGACCCGGGUCAAUCUCCUCACCUGCCAGAUCAAACCGGUGUCGGACGAUAAGAAAGGGUUCGAUUUGAUUAGCUAUAAUCGACCGUACCACUUUCAAGCGGAGGAUGAAGCCGAUCAAAAGGCGUGGAUGUCCGUGCUAAUGAACUGCAAGGAGAAAGCACUGGCCAAAGCAUUCCAACACGCAACCCCCCAGAUGAGUCCUAGUCUAAUCGAGCUGCAGAAGACGGUCAUCAAGUACAUCCAGAAUCUGCCCGGCAACGACCAGUGCUGCGAUUGUGCAUCGAAGAACGACGUUACCUGGAUCAGUUUGAACUUUGGCAUCCUGGUGUGCAUCCAGUGCUCGGGUGUUCAUCGGGAUUUGGGCGUGCACCACUCGCGGAUACAGAGUUUAACGCUGGACAAUCUGACUACGGCACAACUGCUAAUCGCCAGGGCCAUGGGCAACAACAGUCUGAACGAGGUGAUGGAAGCCACGCUCGGAACUGGGAAACUUACGCCCGAUAGUUCAAUGGAGGAACGGUACGAUUUCAUACGGGCAAAGUACAUUGCCAAGAGGUAUGUCAUGCGGACAUGUGCCGACGAUCGGGACUUACGGAGCGAUCUCGAACAAGCUGUGAUCAAUGCGGAUCUGGGUCAGUUGCUGCAAGUGUGGGCUGAAGGCGCUGAUCUAUCCUGUGUGUUACCAUCAUCGGACUUUGGCGAAACGGCCCUCCACCUAUCCGUGCUGCGAGAGAUGGGAUCCACGCUGCACAUAGUGGACUUCCUGAUUCAGAACAUGACCGCCCAGGGUCUGAAUAAGCAGACGAAUCCUCCGGGACCGGCGGAUAUGUCCGGCAAGAACACCGCCCUUCACCUGUGCGCUCUGCACGACCGGAGGGAGUGCAUGAAGUUGUUGCUACGAUCUGGCUGUGAUUACGAAAUCAAAAAUUCUCAAAACCGUACCGCUCUAGACAUUGCCAAAGAAAUGGGCCACGAGGCCUGCAAGGAGUUGAUUGAACAUGCCAUAAAGCGCGAGAAGAGCGCCUUCGAUCACAUCAACACCGACUGGAACAUUCACGACGAUGGGUCGACCGAUUUCUCCGACGACGACACGGUGCUAAUGGACGAGCGAAAGUCCAGAUCACGACCGCCCAGCUUCGUAGGGGGUGAGUCCCCAGUGCUACGAUCUCGUUCGUCCACGUGCGAUUCGAUCCAAAGUGGUUCGAGUCCCAGUUCAAGUUGCAAUCCGAAUCUGGUCGGUGCUCAGCAGAUCCCUGGUGGAAGCCAACAGCGGCAAAUUCCCAUCCCAUCAUCCGGUACUAGUCCCAAGCAAUACGCCGGAGGGUUCGGAUCGCAUUACGGCUCCGGAGUCGGAUCGGCAGCCGGUGGUUCUAGUCCUAAUUCUAGUAGUUCCAGCAGUAUUAUUCGCCAAACGACAGCACAGAUUUCCGCAGCGGCUGCCGCUGCCGCAGUCAGUUCGCAGAGUAAAAAGUCUUCCUCCGUCAACAUUGGUUCCCUGAAGAAACGCACGGCUCCGGCUCCACCGCCGACCACGUACGGUACGUUACCGCAUGCACCACGCCAUUCGCAGAACAUUGAUAGUGAGAUCUUCGGGGUGUCGGCGUCUCACCUGCACCAUCAUCAUCCGGAAAUGUACAGCACACUGCCACACCUGAGAGGUUCUGACAGCGGCGGGGGAGGGGGAGGAGGAGGAGGUGGCGGAGGGACGGGUUCAUCCGCAGGCGGCAAAUCCAACUCGUCUCAACAGUUGCACUUCGACAACAAGAUCUACGAGCGGUUCGAGGGUUACAUCCAGUCCAACAGGGAUCCGAACUUCUUGAGUACCUUUACCGGUGGUCAUAAACGAUCGCCUAGCGGGGAAUCGUUGGGAAGAAAUUUAGCUGGAGCCAAACUAGUCCUCCCACCGGCGGGAGAAAUCCCCCAGCUAAAGCCAGUUGACAAAAGUUUUCACAACAGACCAAAGCUGCCACCACCUCCUGGGCCUCCGGCUGCAGACAAAGCCAUGUCCAACGGACAAUCGAACGAGAGCCUAUCGUCGAUAGACGACUCAGUCGUGUUAAGGAAGAAGGCAACCAAAGCUCAUCAACUCAACUCGUCGGCCAACUAUGGGGACUUUGUGGGCGAUCUGGACCAUUCCAUGGCGUCGUCUUCGGGGGGAAAUCUGGACUCGGCCAACAGUAGUUUCAGUAGGAACGAUACCAGUGGUGCAUCGGCAGCAUCAUCCUCAGGAGGAGUGGGUGGCGGUGGAGGAGCUGCGACCCUAGAUGUAAGGAAUAGUUUCAACACGUCCAAGGGCAGUCCGGGCUCGUACUUUGGCUCUACCGGACUGCGCCGGUGUCGAGCGCUCUAUGACUGCAAUGCGGACAACGAUGACGAGCUCGAGUUCAAGGAGGGAGAAAUCCUCAUCGUCCUCAACGAGCGAACCGAUGACGACAACUGGAUGGAGGGCGAAAUCGAAGGGGACAGCUCCCGGCGAGGCAUGUUCCCGGUGAGCUUCGUGCAAAUGUUGCACGAUUAAAGAAAGUAUUUAGGUAAGUUUCGAAAAGUUACAAAUUGACGGCGCGCAACUAUGAACGGGAGGCGGAGCUGAGCUUCGUCCGAUGAGAACAAAACUGGAGGACAUGUGAGAGGUUUAAGUAGAUCGAACAAAUUUGAGCGCAAGAAGAUUUCCAUAGUUGCGACACUCAAGCAAAAUUGUGAAAGAGUGAUUUUUCUAAGUCUGCUACCGUUAAAGUAUAUCUAUGUAUCGAAACUAAAGCGAAACUGUAUCCUCUUCUGGUAUUCGAAUAAUCUGUUUGCUAUUUAUUAUUAGUUUUUUACGCGUAGGAGGAUUUCUGUUCUCUCUGUCUUGACGGGAGAAACACUAUCGAGAGUUAUUAGCGUUAGGGUAAAGCGGAUAAGCAAAAAAGAGUACUAUUUUAUGAAUGUGUAUUAUUACUCUAAGGUUUAGGACAUGAUGUGAAUCGAAACGAAACUGCUCAAAGUAGAAGAUGUAAUCUUUUCCUCCGAAUGACUGUCGCUUUGAGUCUUUUCCCGAUUGAAGUUGAUUCCGCACGACAACACAAAUCUGCAACCGAAAAGAAUGUUAACCUAAGAUGAAAGCAUUUAUUUUGAGCUUGGUUUAAGGGGAAAAGAGAAGACGUGCAAACAAAUUGACACAAAAUGGUAAUUUUAAAUCAAAGAAUCAAAGCAAAAACAAAGAAAGGACAAACUACAAAAGCAUAUAUAUGAUUAGUUGAUAGAUAUUGUUUGUAAAAAUUAACUACCGAUUACCUAUUACAUAUAUAGAGAAGAAAACAUGAAACAAAUGAAUAAAACAAACCAUAAACUAUAAAGAUGUGUAGAGUUACAAAGAAUGGAAAAGUCGGAAUAUUAGCGGAAUAACGGAAAAUAUUAUGUGCCAGUAUACAGACAAAAUAUAAGCUAAGAAACAAACCGAAAAACUCGAACAGAAGGAAUUAAACCAGGAGUCCAGUGACAACUAUUGAAACGACUACAGAAAGUACUAUAAUAGAAAAGCAAACAAAUCGUUACUCAAUGUGUAAUAGAAUCGACGUCUCUUCAUCCCAAUUCCUCUACCUUCUAGGUACUAGAUCGAACACGGACAGAUCAGAAUCAAAUAUACAGUAAUAGUAAACUCAGUUUUCCUCAAUCAACCUCGUCAAACAACAGUAUAGAAAUGAAACCAACCAACACAGUUUACCAAUAGAAAUUGUCAUGUCAGUGAAAAUCCAGUAUGAAAUUGUAGAGUUACUGUUAUAUUAAUUAAACCAACAACAAUGCGAACAAACAAUAUACUACCAUGUUGACGGAGAAAAGAAAAGAGAAAUAAAUUGGACGGAAAACAAAUACUCAUUGAUAAAUUCAAACCGAACUGCACUGUGAAAGGUGUAGCAGAAAAAAUCAAACUACCAGGCAGUUAGCAAAACCAUAAAUGUGAAUGAAUGUUACAGCAGGAAACGAAAAUUUUAAAAUGAAUACCAUUCCAUGCUAGAAAUUUACACAGGACAGCGGUAGCAAAACGAUAGAUGGAUGACUACAUCAAUACAAAUGCAUCAUGUUGUAGACAAAAGCGAACUGCAGUAUCUACACAGCAGAAUACUAUAAUGAAACCAUUGUCAGAGUAUAGAAACAGUUACGAACUGAAAGCAAA